UACCGACAGAAGUUCUACUUAGACUACUCUGCCGUCGGUAAGCUUUAAUAAGUGCAUUUAGCUUUGAGAUACAAGCAUGGAUAACCUUGUCGUCGUUAAGAACAGUGAUGAUCUGGAAAUAGAGGACCGGGAAAGUCCACACACCGCAAUAAAGGAAUGUCCUGGGGAAACGGAGGGAGUUGAGGAGCGCAUCGAGUCGGAUAGUGGGGAUCCUUCGCAGAAACCACCCUACUCUUAUGUGGCUUUAAUCGCAAUGGCUAUCGAAGAGAGCCAUGAGAAAAGGUUAACAUUAAGUGGGAUUUACCAAUUCAUCAUCUCCAAAUUUCCCUAUUAUCAGGCAAGUCAAAAGGGAUGGAAGAACAGCAUUCGUCACAACCUCAGCCUUAAUGAAUGUUUUGUGAAGGUUCCAAACUUGAAUGGAGGGGAGCGGAGAGGCAAUUACUGGAUGAUGGACCCUGCCUUUGGAGACAUGUUCGAUAAAGGCAACUACAGACGACGGAGACGGCUGAAACGUUCGUGCAGACCCCCUAUUUCACCCUACCUGCCGGGAACAGCGAUGCUAAAUUUACCUGAGCCGCAUUACUUUCACCAGGAAUCGGUGUACUGGCAAACACCAUACCUCACCAACGCAUGGAGUGCACCCCAGGGUAGUCCAUCCUCACCGGGAUCACUUUACCAACAGGCGACCAGCGGUAACCCGUCCUCGAUGUCCCCUAAGACCUACCCUGACUCUCACGUGAUGUAUUACCAUAUCCCCCCGUCCUGUAGCCGGUGCCACCGGCCCCCUGAUGUCCUGAUGCCCCACAGCGGUCCCCCUGGCAGUCUCCCUCAACUCUCUUAUGCCAGGUAUCCCGAGACAGAGCCAUACCAUUCGUAUGAGUGACUGUGUUGCAACCGGGAUUUUGCCAGGUCUGUUAAGAUGCCUAAUUAAAAACGAAAUCAUUAUGUGAUGAAGCAUAUGGCGCUGUAAGAUUUAUCUCCAAGCCUACCUCAAGUUCUUUACGCGAACCCAAAACGAGUUCAUUAGGCUAAUGGUUCAUUGCCAUUUGUUACAUGUUUUGUAUUAAUCUCAGAUGGAUUUAGAAAUUGAAUUCUUGUUUCACAAAUAUAGGUUGUGCAUGUGUUUGUAGCGUAACUAUGAUGUUGCUGCUAUAUCCUAUUAGAUUAUUACACUGCAGCAACAAUCAUGUUGUGCGAUCAUAUCCUUGGUCAAGAAACUUUCUUUAUUCGAGGCUAUACAUGACAUAUCUCUUUUAUAGCCUUACUGGUCGUCAUGCACUUUCUCGGUUGACAUUUAAUGAUGGAAAACUAGUGCCAAAUUGAUAUGUUUUAAUAGCUUUUGCUGGAAGUUUUACACCGUUUGUUAUACUGUUACAGAAUUAUUUUCUAAUAAAAAGCACUUUUUCAGUUUG